CUCCCAGGUGGACAGAGACGGGCCCAUCCCCCACACUCAAAGCAGGACUCUGACCUGGUUCUGGGGACCAGGCGCCUGGGAGGCGGACUCAGAACCUCCAAGGUGCCACGACCGCCUUUCCAGAGCGCCUGCUGCUGAAUCGUUUCCGGAUCUUUCUCGUCCGCGUGGGCCCCUAAAUCCACUGCCAUGCCGGUGACCGUCACCCGCACAACCAUCACGACCACAUCAUCGUCCUCCACCAUCGUGGGGUCCCCUCGGGCACUGACCCAGCCCCUGGGCCUGCUACGCCUACUGCAGUUGGUGUCCACCUGCAUUGCCUUCUCACUGGUGGCCAGCGUGGGUGCCUACACGGGGCCCAUGGGCCACUGGUCCAUGUUCACAUGGUGCUUCUGCUUCGCUGUGACCCUUGUCAUCCUCCUGGUGGAGCUGUUCGGGCUGCAGGCUCGGUUCCCCCUGUCUUGGCGGAACUUCCCCAUCACCUACGCCUGCUACGCCGCCCUCUUCUGCCUGACCUCUUCUAUCAUCUACCCCACCACCUACGUUCAGUUCCUCUCCCAUGGCCGCUCCCGAGACCACGCCAUCGCUGCCACCACCUUCUCCUGUGUUGCCUGCCUGGCCUAUGCCACUGAGGUGGCCUGGACCCGGGCACGACCUGGCGAGAUCACCGGCUACAUGGCCACUGUGCCCGGGCUGCUUAAGGUGCUAGAGACCUUCGUGGCCUGCAUCAUCUUUGUCUUCAUCAGCAACCCUUACCUGUACCAGCAUGCGUCUGCCCUGGAGUGCUGCGUGGCAGUGUAUGCCAUCUGCUUCAUCCUGGCAGCAGUGGCCAUCCUGCUGAACCUGGGUGACUGCACCAACGUGCUGCCAAUCUCCUUCCCCAGCUUCUUGUCGGGCCUCGCCCUGCUCUCUGUUGUCCUGUACGCCAUCGCUCUGGUUCUCUGGCCCCUCUACCAGUUCAACGAAAAGUACCAUGGCCAGCCGCGCAGGUCAGGGGACCCAGGCUGUGCCACCAGGCACACCCACGACGUGUGCUCCUGGGACCGCAGGCUGGCCGUAUCUGUCCUGACGGGCAUCAACCUGCUGGCGUACCUGGCCGACCUGGCGUACUCAGCGCGGCUGGUGUUUGUCAAGGUCUAAGACCUCUGUCUGACCCCUUUGGUCUCCUCCCCCAAGUCCGGUGCCCUGACCGCGUUUCCUUCUCCUUCCCUCCCCUGCCCGCCUCUCCACGCUCACUUCCUCCUUCGUGCUCUCCCCUUUCCUUCCAUGCUGUCCGGUGCCCACAUCCUGCUCCCACCCCCCCAGCCCCCAACCCCUCAGCUGUCUCUCCUGACUCUGCUGCUUUCUACCUUCUCUGCUUUGCUAGCUCCCUACUGCUGUCCCAAAGGGGAGCCCUGGCCCCCACUUCACUUCCAAAGGUGCUGAGCCCCACCCCUUCGCUGCAGCUGUUCAUGUCAUGGCCUCCGGAGAAGUCUUGUUGCCAAAGCAUGCCUGCCCACCCUAGCUGUGCCAUGUGUGUUUGUGUGUGUGUGUGUGUGUGUGUGUGUGUGUGUGUAUUUUCUGUGUGUCUGUGUGUGUGUGUGGUGGGGGGGUGCGGGAUGGUGGUGGUGGUGCUUAGGGAUCAGGUUCCCUUUUCCCUAGUGGAGGAGGCUGUAUACUGCACCUCCUUCUCUGGUACAAAACCAAUUCUCUGGAGGUCAAUUCUCGGUGGGUGGGACGUUUUAAGCACAGACCCUAGGUCCCCAGAUCCACCUGGCCCUUGGCCCUGCCUGAGACUGGCUCCAGAACCUUGGCCAGGCUUAGGAAAAACCCACUGCCUAGAGGCUGUCCUGGAGGAAGCAGGAGGUGGUGCCUCUCAUGCCAGCUGUGCUUUGUGCUAGCAAGAAAAGAAAUCAGUAUUGGGGACCAAGGUCUGAAGUAUUGUGAGGGCAGUUACACGGCCCUCCCGCCACAUGUUAAAAAUAACUCAGUCCUCUUUGGCAAAAACGAAGGGAAAUGACCACUGCCGGAGUUCAAGGCAAUGAUCUGGCUUUUUCUCUUUUCUUUCUCGUGGUCAACACAGGGCAGAUAUUAGAGGGUGGCUUUACUCUGCAAGGGGGAUGUUCCUUUGCAGUUUUCCUGCGCUUUUGGGUGGGGGGAGAAAUGGCAUCGUGUGCCUGUGCAUGUCGGUAUGCACAUCAGUGUUUCAGUGUAUUAGUCGCUUCUUGCUGCUGCUUCCUGCUUCUCUGGGACUCACGCAUAUCAUGAUAUAUAUAAAUGUAUAAAUAUGUAUUUUAUUUUUGUUUUAAUUGCCUGCAGCUUCUGGUUCCUACAGCUCCUGCUGCAGUCAUAGAAGUCUUGUCUCCCUACUCGCACAUUCACAAUGUUUUUUAAAUCUUGACAUAAAGAAAAAAAAGAAAA